ACUGCAUCAGUCGCUCAGUUAACAGGGAGCAAAGCAAUGGAGAAGCUGGCGCCGACCAUGAAGAAGGCAAUGGAGGACACGGAGGAGAAGCCCAAGGUGCCGUCGAGCGACCCGGGGCUCGCCGAACUCGUCGCCGGCGAGCAGCCGCAGCUGCAGCGGGAGCACCAGCCGCCCAACAUCUCCGAGAUGAAGCCGCUCACGCGGGAGGCGUACGGCGGCGGGAUGUACGCCAACGAGGGGCGGAGGGACCUCGCACGGCCGCGCGCCAGCGCCACCCAGAGCGCCGACGGCCCCGAGGAGGCUACCAUCAGGCCCCAGCACACGCCGCCGCCGUCCACCGGCGACCGCGACCUCGACAUCACCGGCCAGUCCUACAUCCAGUAGCUCUAUACACGUGUCCGUGUAGUCAGGCAGUUCGGCCCGGAACAAGAUAUGUAAAUAGAGGCCUUGUUAACGAGUAACGAAUAAAUGUGAAGCUUUCUUG